AUGCAUGAUAAGAUGCAAACAUGUCAAACUUUAUCUUCAAUAAUUAUAUCUUUAACUAUUAAAAACAUUAUGUCGUCACUUAAUCUACCAACCUCAAAAUCUCAAACAUUUACUGAAAUUGAACUCAAAGACAGAGAUGAAGGUUCUUCAUCUCAUCACCACCAUGAAGGUGGUCAAGAGACUCAAAUCCCACUCUACUAUAGUGUGGUAAAAGAAAAACAAAGAAGAAAAGGAUUGAAGCUUCGAUCUCGUAUCAAAGAGAAAUUCAAAUCCAAAAAAGAAAAAAAAUCAAACAAAGAAAAAGUUGAUUACGAUCAAACUGAUUUAACUUAUGACCAUUCAAUUCCAAUUGAAGAGUUGGCCGAAAAACAUAAAACCAGUAUUAACUUUGCUGAUCCUAAAUACAGUUUGGGUAUUACUGGAGCAGAGGCUGCCGAAAGAUUAGAAAGAGAUGGACGAAAUGCUCUAACACCAACAAAGUCCAUUCCUAAAUGGGUCAAGUUCUUAUUACAAUUUACAAGUUUAUUCCCAGCAAUGCUUGAAAUUGGUGGAAUUUUAUCUUUUAUUGCUUAUGGUAUUGAUCCAGAUACAGGAAGUGAUAAUCUUUAUCUAGGUAUUAUUUUGUGGGCAGUAGUUAUUAUUACUUGUACCUUUACCUUUUUCCAAGAAUCGAAAUCAGCUAAUGUCCUGGAGGGUUUCAAAAAGAUGGCACCUGCAUCUUGUAAAGUUAUGAGAGAUGGUCAUCUCAUUGAAAUUAAUUCUGAACUUUUGGUUGUUGGUGAUGUCGUUCACAUUAGAAUGGGUGACAAAGUGCCUGCUGACGUCAGAGUACUUUUUGCACAUCAUUUCAAAGUUGACAAUUCAUCGUUGACUGGUGAGUCUGAACCACAAACCAGAACUCCAGAAUGUACCGAUCAAAAUGCUCUCGAAACACAAAAUCUAGCAUUCUACAGUACCCUAGCUGUAGAUGGAGAUUGUGUAGGUAUUGUUGUCAGUACCGGUGAUAAUACUACCAUUGGUAAAAUUGCCAAAUUGGCUUCUAAAGCUAAACCAUCACCAACACCAUUACAAAAGGAAUUAAAUGUUUUUAUUAGAAUCAUUACAGUUGUUGCCAUUGCAGUUGGUUUAAUUCUCUUGACUGUUGGUUUCGCAACCAAAGUCAAAUGGAUUUAUAUUGUUAUUUUUGUUAUUGGUGUAGUCGUUGCUCAGGUGCCAGAAGGUCUACUCCCUACCAUUACAGUUGCUUUGACACUUACCGCCAAGAGAAUGUCGAAAAAGAAUGUGUUGGUCAAGAAUCUCCUGGCUGUGGAGACUUUUGGUAGUACAAGAACCAUUGCAUCCGAUAAGACUGGUACUCUCACUCAGAAUAUCAUGACUGUAGUUCAUUUGUGGUACGACGGCACUAUCUACUCUUGUGAUGCCAAUACAACCAGUAACUACUUUAACAAAGAGAACAAGACAUUCCAAACAUUGUACAAGGUGUCGGCUCUCUGUAACAAGACAGUAUUCGAUCGUUCCGACGAAAACUUUGCAGAUAUCCCAAUCCAACAAAGAAAGUGCAUUGGAGAUGCAUCGGAGAGUGCUCUAUUGAAGUUUUGUGAAAAUGUUUCAAAUGUCGAGUCCUACCGUGCUCUCUACCCAAAGAUCUUUGAAAUCCCUUUCAACUCUGUUAACAAAUGGCAUUUGACUAUCUGCUACGACAACGAGCUCCAAAAGCCAAUCAUGCUCAUGAAAGGUGCCCCAGAGAGAAUCAUCAAGAUCUGCUCAAAGAUUCUCAUCAAUGGUGAAGAGGAAACCCUCACUGACAAGUACCGUAAUGAUUUUCUUCAUGCCUAUGAGUUUUUGGCUGGCAAGGGUGAACGUGCUCUCGGUAUGGCAAUGUUAGAGCUCAACCCAGAGAUCUACCACAAGAACUACAUAUUCGAUUCCGAUGAAAAGAACUUCCCAACUGACGAUCUUGUUUUUGUUGGUCUUACCACUUUGAUGGAUCCUCCUAGACCAGGUGUACCAGAGGCCGUCGCCGAAUGUAAACGUGCAGGUGUAAGAGUAAUGAUGGUCACUGGAGAUCAUCCACUUACCGCUACCUCUAUUGCUAAGCAAGUUGGUAUCAUCGAAGGUGAAACCUUGAAUGAAGUUGCCAAGCGUGAAAACAUUGACGUUUUGGAUGUAGACUUUGAAAAAGGAAAAGCCAUUGUCAUUCCAGGUUCAAGACUGGACGAUCUAACUCAAUCACAAUGGGAUAAGAUUCUUGCUUUGCAACAAGUGGUCUUUGCACGUACUUCACCCGAGCAGAAGCUUAUGAUUGUCGAACAAUGCCAAAACAAAGGUGACAUUGUAGCCGUAACAGGAGAUGGUGUUAACGAUUCUCCAGCUCUCAAAAAAGCUGACCUUGGAUGCGCUAUGGGUAUCACAGGUAGUGAAGUUGCCAAAGAAGCCGCUUCCAUCGUCUUGCUUGACGACAAUUUCUCAUCGAUUGUCGCUGGUAUUGAAGAGGGUCGUAUGAUUUUUGAUAAAUUAAAAAAAUCAAUUUGCUAUACUCUCUCUUCAAAUAUUCCGGAGCUCCUUCCAUUCGUACUUUUCUUCUUGAUCAAGUUGCCGACCGCUCUCUCUGGAAUUUUGAUUCUAUGUAUCGAUCUUGGAACAGAUUUGGUCCCUGUCAUUUCCUAUGCCUAUGAAUCUGCCGAAAUGGAUAUCAUGAGCAAGCCACCCAGAAACAUCAAAAAAGAACGUCUUGUUUCCUUAAAGUUGGCUGUCUUUUCUUAUAUUUGGCUUGGAUUCGUGCAAUGUGCCGCUGGCUUUGUCAACUAUUUUGUGUUGUUCAGAGAUUACGGUAUCUCUGCAUCCGAUCUUUACAACACAAGCUCUGACCAUUUCAUGGUGGACAGUGAUGAGGAAGGUUUCAUGGGAUAUAACCUAGACCAACAAAAGGAUAUGUUGCGUGAAGCCCAGACAGCUUAUUUUGUGGCAGUCGUAUUGGUUAGACUCGGUGCAGCAUUAUCAUGCAAAACAAGAAAGCUUUCUAUUUUCCAACAUGGAUUUAAAAAUAUGGUUUUCAACAUUGGUGUCAUUUCUAUGCUAGCCGUUGCACUCAUCAUUGUUCACGUACCGGGAAUUAGAACAUUCUUUGGUACAACAAUCAUUGGUUACAAGUUUUGGUUAAUUCCAUUGCCAUUCGCUUUCUUUUUGGUGACCAUGAACGAAUUGAGACUUUAUCUCAUCAGAAGAAAUCCAGGUACUUGGAUUGAAAGUUACCUCUAUUGGUAA